AACGAACGAAGUCUCAUUAAAUGCCGCAAAACCAAAUAAAUCACGGAUUGACAUGGUCAACGACUAUUAUCCUUUUGUGGAUUUUAGAUUCGUUUAUCCUGACAUUUCGCCGAAAGUUGACGAAACGCGGAAAAUAUUUAUGAUAAUAUUAGUCAAUUCUGGCGCAAAGGGAAUCAAAUUCCGCCAACGCCGCGAAGCUAUUCGUCAAACAUGGGGAAGUACGGGUAAUUGCGAACAACUUAAAGCAUUGGGAGAUGGAAGACUGAAAGAUCUAAGAUGGUUGUUGGCAUUGGUUGUUGGAAAAGCAGGACCGGGAACACGUGACGAUGAAUUAAAUGAAGCUGAAGCCAGACGGUACAAUGAUAUGUUGAUAGGCAAUAUCACUGACAAUUACAUUAAUAACAUUAUUAAAUUCUACAUGGGUCAUCUUUGGGCGAACAAAUUUGAUGUCAAAUAUACAAUGAAAACAGACGAUGAUGUUUAUGUGCGUAUACCUCGCGUGUUGGAGUAUCUUGUGAAUGCUAAACUUCCAAGACCCUUCUACGGAGGUUCUUCCCUGGCACCCAGCCAUAGAAUGCGAAGGUAUAUGGGAUCUUUCAAAGACUGUGAGAUCUUCAAUUGGAAUGCCUUCGGGCAUUCUUUGGAUCCACGAUCAAUGAAAGAACUUCAUCUUCGCGUGCAGACUCUUGUGUGUAAGAAUACCACUUUGGGUAUUGAGGAUCAUCGUUGCAGAAAAUUCGCAGUUAACAACGACAUCAACAAGAGGGCGGUUUCGAUAAGUCUGCGAACAAAGACGUAAAUAAGACACGAAAC